CGCCCGACCACCCCUCCCUCUGGCGCCUCACCACCCACCCCUACCUCUAGCGCCCCACCACACACCCUAGCCCCGGCGAAAUCCAUGGUGCACGACCACGUUCACAAAAGCAAACCACCCGGGGCGUCAGUGACCUGAUCCGGCAAAACCAACUCUCGGGCUACACCGAAUCACCGGUCGGGCUACACCUGACCGAGAUGGAAAAGGAGGUCGGCGAGCUAGAACCAACGCCCCCGGUGAGAUCCGUGGGGACAAUGAAGGAUCUGAGGCCCACCACAUCGCCCGCGAUGGAUCCUACUGGCAACCGCCCUACAAAUAGCUCGUCGACGCCUUGCAGAUUUUGGUCUGGAUACUGCACGUUCAACCCGUCCGACGCCAACCUCAUCUACGCCUACCUCUGCGCCAUGAUCGCUUGCGAGCCCCUCCCAGAUCCCGUCGCCAGGUUCCUGCACUCCGCCGACCCGGCCGCCCUCGGUCCUGCUGGCGCCUAGGACCGCCGAGGAGAGGUGGUGCUGGUACUUCUUUGGCUCCGCCAAGGCCCUAUCCGGGCACGACAGGCGUAGAUCACGGGCCGUCAGCGGCGGAAAGGGCACGUGGCACGCUGAUAAGGGGAGUGAGGCCGUUCUGCAUGUCCGACCAUGUUAGUUCCAUAGCGAGAAACUAUCAAAACAUCGCCCAUGUUGAUUCAGUCACGCCCCUUUUCCCUUUUGAUAAUUCUGAUCAAUUUGACCUAUCGAUACCUAUCAUCGAACCACUGCACACUGACUUGCAGAGCCAGGCAGCACUGCUGAAUUUCAACUUCUGCUGUGUGCUGGAAUUUGUGAUUCUUGGACAGGAGGCGACACCAAGGACGAUGAAGCGGAAGCGGACUCAGUCAGCUGUGAAGUUCUGCAGGUCUAUUGUGCUCUCCGAAGAACCCCCCGCCCCCUCGCUCAUCUUCCUUGUGCUCGCUGGCGUCAAAAGUUCAAUGGCAGCGGAAUCCCACAAAAGACCUGUUGGCAAUAAUGCAAUCCACUAGCGCCCCGUCGAGUGCAAUACAGGUGGCAUUCCAAUGCGGCUCAGUUGCUUCAUGCAUGUGUGCAGACCUUUACUUCUUUGGGUGGAUGCAUGUGUUUUGUAUUUGAGGAGGGCGUUUUUCACUAAACUUAAGUUUGUCUCCUCACUUGAUGCCAUUGUUGGAUGAGUAGGAAAAAAGCUCGACGUCGUUCGGUUGCCCCGAUGCUGCAGUGCACUUGGAGUUUUUCUUU